CCCUAACAGCUGUCGGCAGCCAUGCCCGAAGAUGACGGACGCGGUGGUGCUGGAGGGGCAGCUGAAGUGGCGGGAGGGGAAGAAGUGGAAGAGCCGGUGGCUGGUCCUGCGCAAGCCCUCUCCAGUGGCCGACUGUUUGCUCCUCCUGGUGUACAAGGAAAGGUCCGAACGACUGCGAGGGCUGAAGGAGAGGAGCAGCGUGACCUUGGAGGACAUCUGCGGCUUGGACCCCGGGCUCUGCUACGAGGGGCUGACCAACACCCUGGCCAUCAUCUGCCUCACCCAGGUGGUGAUGCUGGGCUUUGAGAGCAAGGAAACCAUGCACGUCUGGGAUGCACACAUCCGCUACAGUUUAGGGGAAGUUCACCGGUUUCACGUCGUGGUAGCGCCUGGGACCAAGCUGGAAAGUGGCCCAGCGACUCUUCACUUCUGCAACGACAUACUGGUAUUGGUGAAGGAUGUCCCGCCGGUCAUCAUGGGACAGUGGAAGCUCUCGGACCUCCGACGCUAUGGGGCCGUUCCUAACGGAUUUGUUUAUGAAGGCGGGACACGAUGCGGCUUCUGGGCCGGAGUUUUUUUCCUCUCUUGCACGGAAGGGGAAAAAAUCAGCUUUCUCUUCGACUGUAUCGUACACGGCAUCUCUCCAACCAGAGGCUUUCGGAGGGCGCUAGCAGACCCCAGUGCGAGUCCCGCCUGCACGGAAGAAAGGGUGGCCUACGAGGCUUCGAAGCUGGAGAAGCGCCUCAGCCUGCUGUCCCACAGCGGCUGCCACGGCAGCGGAGGAGAUGACCGCAGCUUGUCCAGUGCAUCCUCGGACACCAGCCACUCCGAUGCCAGCAUUGGGAGCAGACUGACUCUCUGGCCCGAGCAGUCAUCCGCCGGCACUUCCCAGGAGUCUCGUGGACCGGUGGCGGCGGCGGCGGCGGCAACAGCAGCAGAGAAGCUGCAGUCAGACGGAGCCCACGGGGCCAGCAAGCUUCCCCCCGGCCUCCUGCGCUCCAGGCAGCUCCAAGAAAUUGGCCGCCAGAGUUCCUCCGACAGCGGGAUAGCGACCGGAAGCCACUCUUCUUAUUCGGGAAGCUUCUCUUCCUACGCGGGGAGCCUGGACAUUUGCCACGGGGAUGAGUUUGGGUCCCUGCUGAGCCUCUCGCUCAGCUUCCCUUCCGACCGGAAUGUUUGCAGUUGCCUGUCGGGGGAGCCAGGGAGAAGUCCCGGGUCGGAGUACCAGGCCCCCAGCUGGCUCCGGCACACCUACGAUACGCCCCGAAGUUUGUUUGCGGCAUCUACGACAGGCAUCCUCCCCUCUGGUCCAGACGCCGGCCUGUCCAAGACCCAGAGCUCCAAAGGGGAUGUGAAACGGCCGGCCCCACAUCUGGAGAGAGAUGCCACUUCCAGGCCAAGCCUGGAAAAGGACUCGCAAGUCGCCUUCCCGCCGGGUAGCACCAAAGGCUCCUUCCCGGAGACACAGCUCAGGCAGCCGGUUCAGGGCCAGGAUUGGAGAGGGCCCGAGGUUGCUCCGUGCGUCUCCAGCAGUUCGUGUGAACUGUGCAGCUCCCCUUCCGAGGCGAAGCCGGCUCUCUUCCCAUCUUGCCCAGUCUGUGGUGGGAUACAGGAGACUUCAAUUUUAUCAUCUCAAAUGUUCGCACCCAAUCUAGAACCGUCCCUUUCGGAGCAAUUGCACGGCGAAAUGGCAACUUACGUGAAUAUCCCCACGAGCCCCACAGCAAAGAAGCAACUCCAUUACAUGGAGGUGGAGCUUCAGGAAGCCAGCGGGAGCGUUCGAGGCGGCGACACCACAAAAUACGCCCAGAUUGACAUCACCGCCACGGAAACGGCCCAUAAAGUGGGUACCCAGCACGCCCACUUUCGAGAAGAGCGUCUGCAGGAACUGGAGCAGCAGCAGCAGAAAAAAGACGGCGGCCCUCCCGGUUCUUCCUAAGGGGGCAGAAAUUCGCCACCUGCCCACCUGCGCUCGCCCUCCUAAACGCCAUCCCUGCGCUCCGGUCUGGACCAGAUUCAUUCCAAUGGACUCAAUUUCCAGCAGGAAAACCGGCAGCACGGCUGACGGGUGCGCCAAAGCCACUCGUCGCAACCGUGUGCGCAGAUUCUCCGUCAUCCGCCUCGUGGUUUGUCCCAAAGCGGUUUUUUUUUUCCCCAAGAGGCAACUGGACUUUCUUUGAAGACGUUUCGCUUCUCAUCCAAGAAACUUCUUCAGCUCCGACUGGAUGGCGGGGAAUGGUGGAUACUCCUUGCAGACUAGUUGGUCAUUUGCAUCCCUUUUUUAGAGGGCCGUUGAGGCCACUUGGAGCUUUGUCUGUGUCCUCGGGGUCCUUUUUCAAGAGGCAGUUGGACUUUCUGAUUUUUCUCGGAAGACGUUUCGCUUCUCAUCCCUGAAGCUUCUUCAGCUCCGAUUGGAAGGCGGGGAACCGGAAGGAUUUAUACUCCUUGCAGAGAGCUGGUUAUUUGCAUCCUUUUAGAGAGCUGUUGAGGCCACUUGGAGUUUUGUUUAUCUGUGUCCAAAGCAUCAUCUGAAUAGUUAAAAUGGGUGUGAAGACAGGGGUGAAAUUCAGCAGGUUCUGGAGAACUGGUAGCGGAAAUUUUGAGCAGUUCGGAGAACCGGCAAAUGCCACCUCUGGCUGCUCCCAGAGUAGGAUGGGAAUGGAGAUUUUGCAGUAUCCUUCUUCUCCUGCCACGCCCACCACACCACACCCACCAAGCCACACCACGCCCAACAAGCCCCGCCCACAGAACCGGUAGUAAAAAAAAUUCGGAUUUCACCAUUGGUGUGGAGCCUUCUUGGAACUGCUGAAAGGACCAUGUCGUAGACUGAGAGAUAGAUAAUGUCGUAACCCUCCCCCUCUGAUAAGGGAGGGCUGUUCGGUUUUGAUACAGGUGGCCUCUUUGACCCUCUCUUCCAAACCAGCAGUCCUCUCUGUUGAAAAAAAAAAAUGUGGAUCUUGGCACACGAGGCAUUACAUACCAAAAACGGUGAAAUCGAGGCAUUUCAAGUCCGAGAAAGGUAACUAGAACGAAAUAUGCAAGAAACGCAACUCUGUACAGUGUACGCAUUGAUCCGAUUGCUUUUGUUAAGAGCCGAAAUGGCUUUGGUUUGUUGUUGUUAUUGUUAUUAUUAUUAUUUUUUUUCAAAAAGCAGAAGGACACGUCUACGUGAUUAGGAUUGGGACGAGGAGCGAGCAGCAUGAAACAAAACCGACUUUUAA